CUGUCAGAGAACAAGUUGACAAUGUCAAAUAAAUGUGUCGUAAUUCGUAGCAAUAGUUGGUUGAACAAUUUCGUUAAAUAAAAUUCUGUAGAUUUCUAAAUAAAAUAAACAACGAAAGUAUGACACUAGCUGAAUAUAUUACCUCUUUGUCAGCUAACCCAUAUUUUGGUGCCGGUUUCGGUCUAUUUGGUGUUGGAGCCGGAGCAGCAAUUUUACGCAAAAGCUUCCAAACUUCUGUCUUAUUAUUUCGCAGGCACUGCAUGAUAACACUAGAAGUACCGUGUCGUGAUAAGUCUUACCAAUGGCUAUUACAAUGGAUAACUCAAAAGGGCGCAAGGCACACACAGCACCUAAGUGUCGAGACAUCAUUUCUUCAAAAAGAUACUGGCCAGAUAAAAACGAAAUAUGAUUUUAUACCAAGUGUAGGACAGCAUUUCUUUAGAUAUGGUAACACAUGGAUAAAGGUUGAUCGUACAAGAGAACAACAAACUUUAGACCUACAUUUGGGUAUUCCCUGGGAAACUGUCACCCUAACUGCUUUUGGGAGAAACAAACAGAUCUACUAUAAUAUACUCGAAGAAGCAAGAACUAUGGCUCUCAAACAGCAUGAAGGUAUGACAAUAAUGUACACAGCAAUGGGUUCAGAUUGGAGGGCAUUUGGUCAUCCUCGACGAAGGCGUCCUUUAGAAAGUGUUGUGCUCAGAGCUGGUCUCAUUGAGCGUAUCCUUAAGGACUGUCUAGACUUUAUUGAUAAUCCAAAUUGGUAUACAGAUAGAGGAAUUCCAUAUAGAAGAGGCUAUUUACUACAUGGCCCACCAGGUUGUGGUAAAUCUUCUUUUAUAAUGGCUUUAGCUGGACAACUUGAAUAUAAUAUUUGUGUACUCAAUUUAUCUGAACGAGGUCUGACUGAUGACAGGCUUAAUCAUCUUCUAAGUGUUGCCCCUCAACAGUCAAUAAUAUUGCUCGAAGACAUUGAUGCAGCGUUUAUCUCACGAGAGGAUACGCCGACACAAAAAGCCGCAUAUGAAGGUCUCAAUCGUGUUACCUUUAGUGGUCUAUUAAACUGUUUAGAUGGUGUAGCAUCUACUGAAGCAAGGAUAGUAUUCAUGACUACAAACUAUUUAGAAAGACUUGAUCCAGCCUUAAUCCGACCUGGCCGUGUCGAUAUGAAGGAAUUUGUUGGUUACUGUGAUCGUGAACAAGUAGAACUAAUGUUCUUAAGGUUCUACAAAGAUGCUGCUGAACAUGCAAGAACUUUUGCCACAAGAGUAAUGGAAAAGCAAAAGAAUGUUAGUCCGGCACAAAUUCAAGGUUACUUCAUGUUUCACAAACAUUCAACACCGGAUGAAGUGCUAUCAAACGUAGAAACAAUCUGGACACUUGGAUAACACUGUGAUACCUUAGAACUAGUCAUUAGUGUGAAUAAAAUUAUUAAUAUCUUUAAA